AUGUAUAAAUCAUUUUUUGAUAAUUAAGAUUAGGGUUUUUGGUCACCUCGAAAAGUCAUCAAUAAUAGCACUUAAAUUAUAGAGGGGUUAUUUUAUGUACCAACAAAAAGUGUAAAUUUGUAUGAUUUAAUCUCUCUAAAAUUAUAAGGGAAAUGUCUAAUAAUGAAAGAUGGGAAUGUAUGCAUCAUUUUUAUAUAUAGACUGAAAUAUAUGCAGAUAUAGAAAAUGCUUGUGUUAUGAGAGUGGAACAGUAAGGAAUUUGUUUAAUAAAGAAUUAAAUUGAAUUUAAUUUUUAUGGUGAAGUUGAUGAGUUUUAUAUGAAUCUCAAAUAAUAUUGCAUUCAAUUAGAUUUUUAAUCGAGAUAUCAUCUUCUCUCUGUAAUAGGAUAAGGAAACUUUGCUAAAGUAUUCAUUAAUUUAAUUAAAGGUGUAUAAAGCCAGAAAUAAACAUAAUUUAGCUGAAAAUGCAGUAAAAGUGUUUGAAAAAUCUUUAAUUUCUUAAAUGACAGAUAGAUUGGCCCUAUUAAAAGAGAUACACAUAUUAAGAUAAUUAUCACACUCGAACAUUAUUUAAUUACAUGAAGUUUUCGAAACAAAAACUCAAAUUUAUCUCGUAUUUGAUUAUUUAACAGGGGGUGAUCUCACUCAUUAUAUUAACAAUAAUUAAUCAAUUUAAGAAGAAUAAGCAAAGACAAUAAUGAUGGAACUUCUUAAUGCUUUACUUUAUAUGCACUCGAAAGGUAUAUUUCAUAGAGAUAUAAAACCUUAAAAUUUACUACUUCGUAAAAAAGGUUAAAUUACUGAUAUAGUUAUUGCAGACUUAGGAUUAGCUGAUUACUAUAGAAGAGAUGGGAAAUAUAUGUUUACCAGAUGUGGUACUCCUGGAUAUGUUGCUCCUGAAAUCUUAUUAGAUAAUCCUUAUGAUUUCAAGAUAGAUAUUUAUAGUUUGGGAGCAUUGCUCUAUGUUAUUUUAACUGGAAAACCAUUGUUUAAAGGAGCUACUGAAUCAGAAACUAUUUAAUUAAAUACAGAUAAUAAUUUAGACUUUUCUAAUACUUAAUUAUCAACAACUUGUAUUGAUCUACUUAAAAAUAUGCUGAACAAAAAUCCUUUGUUUCGAUUUUCAAUUUUACAAUGUAAAUCUCAUCAAUGGUUCUAACAAGAAACUCAACCUAUCUUUAUUCGUAUACGACAUUCCAUGAGAUCUAGACCUCAAUUUCAUCUAGAUCUCAAUAGUGAAGACAGCAGUCCUAGAAGUCCUAAAAAAAAUUAAAAACUAUUUAAAAUUAAAACUAAUUUACUCUCUCCUAAAUAAAAUGGAAGCUCAACUUCUAGUUUUGAAAGAUUAAGUAAAUAGAGUGGAAUCAUAUGUAAAACGGAACCAUCUGAAUAGAAAUCAACAUUUAAUAAGCUUAAAUUAUCAAAGUAAAGAUAAUCUUUAAAAUAUUGA